AGCUAGUAGACCGAUGACGACGACCACCGAGCGCUGCCCGAACAGGAAGAGGAGCCACCUUCGGUGGGAGUCGUGACACAGACCAAUAUUUAUAUUGGUCUCCUUUAACUUCAUAUUGGCUGGAUAAACAUGAUGGACAGGAGGCUGAUCCAAUAGGAGAAAUUGGAGAUGAACAGCACGAUUCCUCUUUACAGCAGGACCCUGCAUAUGUACAGGUUGUGUCUGAUGGUGGUGAUGCUGGCUGUCCUCACUGCUCCCACCACAACUCAAAAACCUGCUCUAGAUGACUUUUCAGUGUCAGUCCCUGAUGCUCCAAUCACGGCAUGGUCAGGCUCCUCUGUCUCUCUACCUUGUGAACUCUCACCUCUCUUCAAUGCGGAGCCAUUGGAGGUGCGCUGGUACCGGUCCGAGAACUCCUACAGCCCUGCCUUGUUGUACAAGGACCACAAGAUCCAGGAGACCCCUGUGGACCCCCGGUACAGGGGCAGGGUUUCUCUAACUGGGGGGAUGGAGAGAGGGAACGUGUCCCUGACACUGGAGAGGGUGACGGUGGAAGACAGGGGGGAGUAUGUGUGCCGUGUCAGCAGCGAACAAUGGUUCGAUAAGGCCAGUGUCUUCCUCACAGUGAAGGUAUUAGGUGGUAUCCCAGUUCUCUCUGUAGCUGAAGCAAGAGGAGGAGGAGGUCAGGUGAACGUUACCUGUUUAUCAGAGGGAUGGUCACCACAACCGAAACUUUCAUGGAAAAACAAAGAGGGGACAGAGAUCAGAAAUGAACAAGAAGUACUCAACACCUCUGAUCCCCUGGGCUUGGUGAGUGUCAGUAGUUGGCUGCUGAAUGCUCCCUCAUACUCGGAUUGGCUCGCCUGUACAGUCUCUCUGUCUGAGGAGGCGAAGAGAGAGGGCAGGAUUCUGCCACAUACAGCUGUACCUGGAGUCUCCAAAGAGGCCUUCAUUGUCACUCUGGUCCUGUUGAUCCUGUCUCUGGUCAUCAUCUGUGCCCUGUGCUCUGUCAUCCUGUGGAAGCGAAGAGGGUCCAGGUGGUCUUCAUCCCGAAAGUCCAGAAACCGUUCAGAGACAAAAAACCUAAUUGAAGGGGCAGAAAACACAAUCCCGAGACCUACUGACCAGAGAGCAGCUGGAAAAGAAGUGAAUCUGGAAGAGACAAAAAAACGAAUUGAACGUAGUCAUUAUAUACUGAAUAUGAUAUAUUAUAACUUUGAUAAUGUAGUAACCUGAUGAAUUUCAAUA